AUGCACCACCGCACUCCGGUCCCCCCCCGUCGCAGCUCCUACACGGGAGGCACCACCGCACGCCGGUCCCCCCCGUCGCAGCUAUUACACGGGCGGCAACACCGCGCGCCGGUCCCCCCCGUCGCAGCUCCUACACGGGAGGCACCACCGCACGCCGGUACCCCCGUCACAGCUCCUACACGGGAGGCAUCACCGCACGCCGGUCCCCCGCGUCGCAGCUCCCACACGGGAGGCACCACCGUACGCCAGUCCCCCCUGUCGCAGCUCCUACACGGGAGGCACCACCGCACGCCGGUUCCCCCCGUCGCAGCUCCUACACGGGAGGCACCACCGCACGCCGGUCCCCCCCCGUCGCAGCUCCUACACGGGAGGCACCACCGCACGCCGGUCCCCCCCGUCGCAGCUCCUACACGGGAGGCACCACCGCACGCCGGUCCCCCCCGUCGCAUCUCCUACACGGGAGGCACCACCGCACGCCGGUGCCCCCCGUCGCAGCUCCUACACGGGAUGCCCUACCGCACACCGGUCCCCCCCGUCGCAGCUCAUACACGGGAGGCACCACCGCACGCUGGUCCCCCCUCGUCGCAGCUCCUACACGGGAGGCACCACCGCUUGCCGGUCCCCCCCGUCGCAGCUCCUACACAGGAGGCACCACCGCACGCCGGUCCCCCCCGUCGCAGCUCCCACACGGGAGGUACCACCGCACGCCGGUUCCCCUCGUCGCAGCUCCUACACGGGAGGCACCACCGCACGCCGGUCCCCCCCGUCGCAGCUCCUACACGGGAGGCACCACCGCACGCCGGUACCCCCGUCACAGCUCCUACACGGGAGGCACCACCGCACAUCGGUCCCCCCCGUCGCAGCUCCUACACGGGAGGCACCACCGUACGCCGGUACCCCCGUCGCAGCUCCUACACGGGAGGCACCACCGUACGCCGGUCCCCCCCGUCGCAGCUCCUACACAGGAGGCACCACCGCACGCCGGUCCCCCCCGUCGCAGCUCCUACACGGGAGGCACCACCGCACGCCGGUCCCCCCCGUCGCAGCUCCUACACGGGAGGCACCACCGCACGCCGGUCUCCCCCGUCGCAGCUCCUACACGGGAGGCACCACCGCACGCCGGUCCCCCCCAUCGCAGCUCCUACACGGGAGGAGGCACCACCGCAUGAUAGUCCCCCUCGUCGCAGCUCCUACAUGGGAGGCGAGGAGUCUCGGAGGACGCCUCCCCCCUGUGGGUGGAAGGCGGCGGACGUGCUCCAGCAGCAGGGGCUGUUCGACUGCCUUUUCCUGCUCGGAAUGACAAUUGCGGACAAGGUGGCCGGGCUCGCCACAGCGGGGGCAACAUCCCUUAAAGCGCCUGGUGUUACCGGGAGCGCCCUUACUACCAGCGUUAUUGAGGCUGAACUGGACAAGUCCCUCUUUGUAUCCACCAAACGCGCCAAGUCGCUUGCCGCGAAACACGUUCUGAAGCACAACCGGCGUUACGGCAGCCGCUGCCCGCGUAAUGCGGCCCCUGAGCUCCCGCAGUGGGCCAGCUGA